UUUGUUUUUGCCCGUUUUCUUUUGUUUUGUUUAUUACAGGAAUUAGGUGAUAGUGUGUACUCAUUGUACUUUAAUCAAAAUCUGAAGUAAACAAGCAUAUACCAAUAGGUUUUGAGAAUUGGUAGUGGUUUUGGGGGGUAUUAGAUAUAUUUGGUUGGAAAAUUGUAGGACUAGUGGGCUUAUUGUAUUGCAAGUAUCUAACUACAUAUAAUAUAUGGUCAAUGAGAGAACAUGGUAUCAUUUCUAUUUUGAACAAGAGGAAAUGAAUGAAACAAUUGGCUGUUUUUGAAGUGAUUUUUGUUUCUCUCUUGAACAAUGGGUUUGAGCAUUGAGAUUUGUCUGCUGGUUGUUUCCAUCCAAUUUCUCGUUGCAACAGCGUUGACGAAUUCCCAGGACCUUGAUGCUCUGGAGGCUCUCAACUGGACAAACACACCACCGAAUUGGGUUGGGUCUGACCCGUGUGGCAGCAGUUGGGAAGGAAUUCAGUGCACCAAUUCACGCAUCACAUCUAUAACAUUAGGGAACAUCGGUUUGACUGGUCAGUUGUCCGGAGAUAUUGCACAGCUGUCGGAAUUGCAGAUGUUGGAUCUCUCAUACAACAACGGAUUGACAGGAACUCUUACUCCAUCAAUUGGAAGUUUGACGAAGUUAACAAACCUAAUCCUGGAAGGUUGCGGCUUCUUUGGUCCUAUUCCUGGCACACUAGGAUCCCUGCAGCAGCUGCGCUUCUUGGUUCUUAAUUCCAACAGCUUCAGCGGGAGUAUACCUCCUUCAAUUGGCAACCUAUCAAAGCUUUAUUGGCUGGAUCUGGCAAAUAAUGGCCUUUCUGGGACUAUUCCCGUCUCUAGUGGGGCAACACCUGGUUUGGAUAUGCUGGUUAAUACGAAGCAUUUUCAUUUUGGAAACAAUCGGCUCUCUGGUGCAAUCCCAUCUGCUCUUUUUAGUUCAAACAUGACGCUAAUACACGUGCUUUUUGAAAACAACCAGCUUAAUGGCAGCAUCCCAUCACAGCUAGCACUAGUCCAGACGCUUGAGGUGGUGCGUCUCGAUGGGAACUUGUUAACUGGAUUUGUCCCAUCACAGUUCAGCAAUCUCAUAAAUGUCAAUGUGCUGUACUUGUCAAACAAUCAACUGAGUGGCCCCUUUCCCAAUCUUUCAACUAUGAAUUAUCUCGACUACGUAGAUUUGAGCAAUAAUACAUUUGACGCAUCAGUUAUUCCUUCAUGGUUGUCAAACUUACAGUCUUUGACAACAAUUGUGAUGGAGAACACUACACUUUAUGGUUCAGUUCCGGGUGCACUCUUCAGCCUUCCUCAGUUACAGACUGUUACAAUGAGUAACAACAAGCUUAAUGGCACUUUGGAUGUUGGCUCCAGCUAUAGUAACCAACUGAAACUUGUAGAUCUUCAGAACAAUUUGAUAUCUGGUUUUACACAGAGAGCCGGUUCUACUAUCGAGUUCAUACUUGUAGGCAAUCCAGUUUGCACGGGAACAGGAGGGUCAAACACAUACUGUGUCAUUCUACAGCCCAGCUCCUCAUAUUCCACCCCACCUAACAACUGUAUCCCUUCUACAUGCAAUUCAUCUCAAGUUUCUAGCCCCAACUGUAGAUGUGAAUAUCCAUACACAGGCACCCUAUACUUCAGGGCUCCUUCCUUCUCAGACCUCGGAAACUCAACUAUCUAUACAACUCUUCAAAGUUCUCUGAUGAGUUAUUUCCAGUCCAAUCAACUUCCUGUGGAUUCAGUUUCUCUGAGUAAUCCAACCACAAAUACAGACAAGUACUUGGUGAUAAGCCUAGAAGUUUUUCCAUCUGGCCAAGAUAGUUUCAAUCGAACAGGAAUUUCUGGAAUUGCAUCUGUCUUCAGUAACCAAACUUUCGAUCCUCCCAGCGGCUAUGGUUAUGGACCCUUUUAUUUCAUCGGCAACCCUUAUAGCAAUUUUGCAGAAGGAUCUGCUGGAACUAAAAAGUCAUUAAAUAUUGGGAUCAUUAUUGGAGCGGCAGUUGGUGGUUCUGUCCUUCUGCUAUUGGCUCUACUUGCAGGAUUUUAUGCUUUCCAUCAAAAGAGAAGAGCUGAAAAGGCUGAUAAAGUGAACAAUCCUUUUGCUUCUUGGGACCCGAAUACAACCAGUGGUGGUGUUCCCAUGUUAAAAGGAGCACGGUGUUUCUCAUAUGAUGAGCUUAAGAGAUACACAAACAAUUUUGCCGAAGCCAACUGUAUUGGAGCCGGCGGAUACGGGAAGGUGUAUAGAGGAACUCUCCCUGAUGGCCAGCAUGUUGCCAUUAAAAGGGCUCAACAAGGAUCUAUGCAGGGUGGUCUGGAAUUCAAAACAGAGAUUGAGCUUCUAUCCAGGGUACAUCAUAAGAACGUUGUUGGCCUUAUGGGUUUCUGUUUCGACGAAGCCGAACAAAUGUUGGUGUACGAGUAUAUUGCAAAUGGUACACUCAAUGAGAGUCUUUCAGGGAAGACAGGAAUUCGGUUGGAUUGGAUGAGGCGGCUUCGAAUAGCCCUUGGAGCAGCAAGAGGCUUGCAAUAUCUCCAUGAGCUUGCCAACCCUCCAAUCAUACAUAGGGACAUCAAAUCAAACAAUAUCUUACUGGAUGAAAGCUUGAAUGCAAAAGUCUCUGAUUUUGGUCUCUCCAAAUCAGUACCCAUAUCAGAAAAGACCCAUAUCAGUACUCAAGUCAAGGGGACAAUGGGCUACAUGGAUCCAGAGUAUUACAUGACCCAGCAGUUGACUGAGAAGAGCGACGUAUAUAGCUUUGGAGUGGUACUGCUAGAGAUUGUAACCGCUAGACAGCCAAUCGAGAAAGGCAAACAUAUUGUAAGAGAGGUGAGGCAGAGAAUGGAAAGGGAUAAAGUCCUAUACAGUCUUGACGAGAUUCUUGAUCCUGUCAUUUUGGCCCCCACGCCAAAGGGCUUAGAGAAGUUUGUUGAUCUUGCAAUGAGUUGUGUUGAAGAAGAGGGAGCUCGGAGGCCUGCAAUGGGUGCGGUGGUGAAAGAGAUUGAAAACGUUAUGCAAAUUGUUGGUCUGAACCCUAAUGCUGAUUCGGCAUCGUCUUCUGCAACUUAUGAAGGGGAUAGUAAGGGUUACAACCAUCCUUACACCGAUGAUAGCCUCUUUGUCUAUAGUGGGGCCUUUCCACUUGCAUCAAAUUAGAACCUGUGAGGUUUUGGUUUCUGAUUCAAUAUUAAGUGUAUAGCAUUUGACCUGCUUUCAACCUUGUGAUGUUUCUAACGCUAUGGUGGAGUACAUAACCGUGAACUGGCGAGAAUACUUGGCUCUUUUUCACUUUUAUUGAGAGUUUGAACUUCUGUAACGGAGACACAGAUUAUAGAUUGUAGACUAUUUGUGAUUUUGUGUAAAAUAAGCAACUGCUAUCUGCUAUAUUGAAAUUUUCCUGGUGACUAAGCAGUAAAU